AUGUUUGACGACGAGGAAGUUACCGUUACGCAGGAGAAAAUUACACGGAGUCAGCGGGUGUUUAUAAACCUGCUGGACUCAUUCAGCAGCCGAAAUAUCGGGAAGUUCCUAUCGAACUGUGUGAUCGGGGCUUCACUGGAGGAGAUCACCGAGGAGGAAGAGGAGGAAGAUGAGAGCAAGUCGGGCAUGUUGGAGCCCGGGACCGUCAAGCAGAAGGAAGGAACCUUCCAGGUGGUGGGCACGAUCUCCCAGCAGGACCCCGCGCACCUGGAGUUUGCCACAGAGACCUACUAUGGCAUCUCUCGAGAAGACCUCCUCUUGCGGCUGAUGGAGUGUGACAUCAUCGUGUACAACAUCACGGAGAACUCCAAGCAGGUGGAGGAAGCCGUCUGGGCCAUCUCUGCUCUGAAUGAGGAAAUCAGUCGUUUCGAGAAGAAGAAGAUGUUCAUCCUACUGUCCACGGUGAUGACCUGGGCACGCUCCAAACCUCUGGACAUGGAAGAUUCUGAGAUCCCUUUAACCGAAGAGGAUUACCGAAGGAGAAAGAACCACCCCAAUUUCCAGGAUCACAUAAACGCUGAAAAACUGGUUCUCAAGUUCGGGAAAAACCCCAGAAAAUUCGCGACUUACGUAGUGGCCUCGGGACUUCAAUAUGGAUUGGAAGGAGGCAUCCUACAUGCGUUUUUUAAGAUGGCUUGGCUUGGUGAGGUCCCCGCGUUACCAGUGUUUGGCAAUGGACUGAACAUCAUUCCGACAAUUCAUGUUCUUGAUCUAGCCGGAGUGAUCCAGAACGUCAUCGAUCACGCGCCCAAGAUCCACUACCUGCUCGCGGUGGACGAGUCCGUGGUCACCCUGGAGGACAUCAUCAAGUGCAUCAGUAAAAGUACCGGCCCAGGGAAGAUUCAGAAGGUCCCCAAAGAAAAUGCUUUCUUAACGAAGGACUUAAAACAAGAGGCCCUGGACCACUUGCUGAUCAAUUGUCGGAUGGAAGCACUCUACGUGAAGGAGAACUUCAACAUCCGGUGGGUUUCGCACACGGGCUUCGUGGAGAACAUCGUCGGGAUCCUCAAGGAGUACAAGCUGAGCCGACGGCUGCUGCCCAUCAAGAUUUGCAUCCUGGGCCCGCCUGCUGUGGGCAAGUCCAGCAUCUCGGAGGCCUUGUGCAAGCACUACAAGCUGCAUCACAUUAAGCUGAAGGAUGUGAUUUCGGAAGCCAUCACUAAACUGGAAGCCAUCGUGGCACCGAAGGAGACAGCACAGGGAGAGGAUCAGAGCGAAGAGGAAGAGGAAGAGGAGGAGGAGGAGGAGGAGAACGUGGAGGAGGCACAGGAGCUCUUGGAUGCCAUCAAGGAGAGCCUGGAGCAGAAUGCAGGCCAUCUGGAAGAUCAGUAUAUCACUAGGUUUGUAAGAGAGAAGCUGAAGUCCAUGCCCUGCAGAAAUCAAGGCUACAUUUUGGAUGGAUAUCCCAAGACCUAUGAUCAAGCAAGAGACCUGUUUAGUCAUGAAGAUGAAGAAGAGGACUAUGAAGGCAAAGGCAAAAUAGCACCCUACGAUAAAGUAAUCAUACCUGAGUUCGUCUGCGCGCUGGACGCUUCGGAUGAGUUCCUGAAGGACCGUGUGAUAAACCUGCCCGAGAGCGUGGUGGCGGGCACCCACUACAGCCAGGACCGCUUUCUCCGCGCGCUCGCCACCUUCCGUGACGUCAGCACCGAGGACGAGACGGUCCUGAACUACUUCGAUGAGCUCGAGAUCCACCCCAUCCACAUCGAUGUCGGGAGGCUGGAAGAUGCCCAGAACAGACUCGUCAUCAAACAGCUCAUCAAGGAGAUCGGGGAGCCUCGGAACUACGGCCUGACGGAAGAGGAAAAGGAGGAGGAGGAGCGCAAAGCCGCCGAGGCGCUCCUGGCCAAGGAGGCCACGGAGCAAGCGGAGAAGAAGCGCAAGGAAGCCCAGGAGAUGGAGGAGAAGAAGGCCCGCUGGGAGGAGUGGAACAAACGCCUAGAGGAAGUGAAACGGGAGGAGAGAGAGCUGCUGGAGGCGCAGUCCGUGCCCCUGAGGAAUUACCUGAUGGCCUACGUGAUGCCCACGCUGAUGCAGGGCCUGAAUGAGUGCUGCAAGGUCAGGCCCGAGGAUCCGGUGGACUUCCUGGCUGAGUACCUCUUCAAGAAUAAUCCUGAAACACAGUGAAACUUUAAGGCGUCGUGUCAUACACCCUUGCAGAGCUAGAGAUGAAUUUAACAUCGCCUUUGGAAAAAAGAAAUCCCUUGGAAAAUUGCUU